AUGCUUCCACGCUCCCUCUUUGCCAGACGUCUGGUCAAUGCCACGGCAAUUCGCCAACAAUGCCGUAACCUUUCCCUCCACGAAUACAGAUCCGCUCAAAUCCUAAAGGAAAAUGGUGUUCCAGUCCCUAAAGGUGCCGCUGCUACCACCCCAGAACAAGCAUACGAAAUUGCAAAGUCUCUUAACCUCGAAGAUAUGGUUAUCAAGGCUCAGGCCCUCACUGGUGGCCGUGGUAAAGGUGUCUUUGAUAGCGGCCUCAAGGGUGGUGUCAAGCUCAUCUCCUCUCCAUUCGAGGCUAAAAUGUACGCAGAGCAAAUGCUUCACCACAAACUCAUUACAAAACAGUCGGGCCCUGCAGGUAAAGAGGUCACAGCCGUCUAUAUUGUCGAACGUGAAUUCGUAAGACGUGAAGCUUACAUCUGUAUUCUCAUGGACAGAGGCUCUCAAGCUCCCCUCAUUGUCGCUUCUUCUCAAGGUGGUAUGGACAUUGAAGGUGUCGCCAAAGAAACUCCAGAUGCCAUCAAGACCUUCAAGGUCGACAUUCACCAGGGAGUCACUGAUGAAUUGGCCCUUUCCGUUGCCAAAGAGCUCGGGUUUUCUGCAAAGGCUGUCCCCAAGGCUGCUGAAACCGUCAAGAACCUCUAUAAAAUCUUUAUCACAAAGGAUGCUACCCAAAUUGAAAUCAAUCCUCUCGCUGAAACCACUGACCACGAGGUCCUGGCUAUGGAUGCUAAACUCGCCUUUGACGACAAUGCCUCAUUCCGCCAGCCUGAGGUCUGGUCUUACCGUGAUCUGUCUCAGGAAGACCCCGACGAGAUUGAAGCCGCUAAUGCUGGCCUUAACUUUAUCAAGCUCGACGGUACCAUUGGCUGCCUCGUCAAUGGCGCUGGUCUCGCCAUGGCCACUAUGGACAUUAUCAAGCUCUAUGGUGGUGAUCCAGCCAACUUUUUGGACUGCGGUGGUGGUGCCACUGCUAAGACCAUUGAGAAGGCUUUUGAGCUUAUCACCUCAGACCACAAGGUCACUGCUAUCUUUGUUAAUAUCUUUGGUGGUAUCGUCCGCUGCGACGACAUUGCCAAGGGUUUGAUUGCUGUCACUCGUCACAUGAAUAUCAACAUCCCCCUGGUGGUCCGUCUCCAAGGUACAAAUGUUUCUGAGGCCAAGCAACUUAUUUCUGAUUCUGGUCUGAAGAUCUUUUCCUACGAAGACCUUGAUGAGGCUGCCGAGAAGGUUUGCCAGCUUGCAAAGGUUGUUGAGAUGGCCCGUAAGAUUGAUGUCAAUGUUUCUUUCGAGCUGCCUUUGUAA